CACAAAUCAAGAUGAAGUAGCUUGUCAAAAUGUUGUGUUGAUUAAUUAAUUAAUUUUUAUAAUAACAAGUGCAUUUGUUGAUAUGUGAUGCUGUGCAGAAUAAAUACAAGAUAUGACAUAUUAAACGAGUGGAUAAAUGUAAUCAAUUUAACAAUUAACUGUGGAGUACAAAUUAAAAAAUAACAAUCAUGUCUAGACAAUUAAACCCAUCGCAGCAAAAACUUGCUGAAAAAUUGAUCAUUUUAAAUGAUCGAGGAAUUGGCAUGCUAACCAGAAUCUAUAACAUCAAAAAAGCUUGCGGAGAUGCCAAAUCUAAACCUGGAUUUCUAUCUGAUAAAAAUUUAGAGUCGUCAAUCAAAUACAUUGUCAGACGGUUUCCAAAUGUUGACAUAAAAGGACUUCAAGCAAUAACCAAUAUUAAAAAUGAAAUAAUCAAGUCUUUGUCACUGUAUUACUACACAUUUGUUGACUUACUUGAUUUUAAAGACAAUGUUUGCGAAUUAUUAACUACAAUGGAUGCCUGCCAAGUCCAUUUAGAUUUGACAUUAAAUUUUGAACUCACUAAAAACUAUCUGGAUUUAGUAGUGACUUAUGUCUCUCUCAUGAUCUUAUUAUCUCGUGUAGAAGAUCGAAAGGCUGUACUAGGCUUGUUUAAUGCAGCUCAUGAGAUGUUGAACAAUCAAAGUGAUCACAGUUUUCCUAGAUUAGGCCAAUUGAUUGUAGAAUAUGAUAUGCCUGUGAAAAAACUUGCUGAAGAAUUUGUUCCGCAUCAAAAAUUACUUGUGAGUGCUUUGACUUCCCUUUGUACAAUUUACCCAAACAGAAAUCUCACUGCAGAUAGUUGGAGAGCCGACCAAAAACUUAGUUUAGUAGGUAAUCCUGGUCAAUUAUUAAAAGCAUCUCUAACUGAAACCAUGUCCUGUGAGUUCUUGUCUCUAGAAGUUUUGGAACGAUGGAUAAUUUUUGGUUUUAUGCUUGCGCAUACAACAUUACAACAGAAUGAUAAAGCUUUGAAAACUUGGAUUGGUGCUUUAGAAUCCAAUUGGGUAAUUGCUUUGUUUCGUGAUGAAGUUAUAUACAUUCAUGCGUACAUUCAAAAUCAUUUUGAUGGUAUGAAAGGGUACAGCAAACGAAUUAAUGAAGUGAAAGAUUGUUACAAUCAUGCAAUUCAGAAAGCAAUUUAUAAACACAGAGAGCGAAGAAAAUUUCUUAGAACUGCGCUCAAAGAACUAGGUUUAAUAUUAACUGAUCAACCAGGAUUGUUAGGACCCAAAGCUUUGUUGAUUUUCAUGGGAUUAUGUUAUGCGAGGGAUGAAGUUUAUUGGCUAUUGAGACAUCAUGACAAUUUACCACAACAAAAGGGUAAAAAUAAGUCAACAGAUGACAUGGCCGAUAGACAGCUUCCAGAAUUGCUGUUUCAUAUGGAAGAAUUACGCAUUUUAGUAAGAAAGUACAGUCAAGUUAUGCAAAGAUACUAUGUGCAAUACUUAUCGGGAUAUGAUGCAAUACAGUUAAACAUUUUGAUGCAAAAUUUGCAAGUUGUUUGUCCUGAAGAUGAAAGCUCAAUUCUUUCAUCAUUAUCCACUACCAUUACUAACCUUUCAGUUAAACAGGUUGAAGACAAUGAGAUUUUUGACUUCAGAGCAUUUCGAUUAGACUGGUUGAGACUGCAAGCAUAUACUUCUCUUGGUAAAAGUUCUAUGGCUUUGAGCAAUCAUCGUGAUCUAGCUGUUUUCCUUGAUCUGGUCACAUUUCAUACUAAAAUGGUUGAUAAUUUAGAUGAAUUAAUGGUUGAAACCUCUGAUCUUUCAAUAUUCUGUUUUUAUAGCAAAAUAUUUGAAGAGCAAUUCCACAUGUGUCUGGAAUUUCCAGCACAAAACAGAUUUAUUAUAGCGUUUCCACUGAUUUGCAGCCAUUUCCAAAAUUGUACACAUGAGUUAUGCCCAGAAGAGAGACAUCACAUAAGGGAAAGAAGUUUGUCAGUAGUGAACAUGUUUCUGGACGAAAUGGCAAAGGAAGCUAAAAAUAUUAUAACAACAAUAUGCGAUGAACAGUGCAAUAUGAGUGACAAAUUACUGCCUAAGCAUUGUGCGGUCUUAAUUACACAGGCAGUAAAUCGUAAAAAGAAAGACAAAAAUAAGAAAAAUCUAUAUGAAAUUUCUAAUCCAGGAAUAGAAAGCUAUCGCAAGACUCGUGAAGAUUUAACAACCAUGGAUAAAUUACACAUGGCUCUAACAGAAUUGUGUUAUGCAAUCAAUUAUUGUCCAACAGUUAAUGUAUGGGAAUACACAUUUGCCCCUCGUGAAUAUUUGCAUCAGCAUAUAGAAAACCGGUUUGCCAGAGCUUUGGUUGGAAUGGUAAUGUACAAUCAAGAUACGAGUGAAAUAGCUAAACCUUCAGAAUUAUUAGUGUCAGUGCGAGCUUAUAUGAAUGUUCUGCAAACUAUCGAGAAUUAUGUACAUAUUGACAUAACCAGAGUUUUCAACAAUGCCCUACUACAACAAACGCAAGCUGUGGAUAGCCAUGGGGAGAAAACUAUUGCCUCUCUGUAUACUCAAUGGUACUCUGAAGUACUGUUGCGCAGAGUUAGUGCAGGAAACAUAGUAUUUUCAAUGAAUCAAAGAGCUUUUGUAAGCAUAAAUCCUGAGGGAGCUAUACCUUCAAACCCUGAAGAAUUUUCAGAUAUCAAUGAGCUCCGGGCCUUAGCUGAAUUAAUCGGGCCUUACGGCAUGAAGCAGUUGAAUGAAACACUCAUGUGGCAUAUUGGGAGUCAAGUCCAAGAGUUGAAAAAACUUGUAUUCAAUAAUAAAGAAAUAUUGAUAUCUUUACGAACACAUUUUGAUAAACCUGAAGUCAUGAAGGAGCAGUUCAAAAAGCUACAAAAUGUGGACAAUGUUUUGCAGCGCAUGACUAUAGUAGGUGUAAUUCUAAGUUUCCGGCAGCUGGCUCAAGAAUCUUUAGUAGACGUGUUAGAACAGCGUAUACCAUUUUUAUUAAGUUCUAUCAAGGACAUUAAACAUCAUUUGCCAAGUGGAGACCCAAUGAAAAUUGUUUCUGAGAUGUCAUCGGCAGCAGGUUUGACUUGUAAAGUAGAUCCAACUCUAGCAAAUGCUUUGAGGCAGCAGAAGUCAGAACACGAGGAGGAUGAACAUUUGUUAGUAUGCUUAUUGAUGGUUUUUGUAGCUGUUUCUAUUCCAAAAUUAGCAAGAAGCGAUCAAUCUUUCUACCGAGCAAGUUUGGAAGGCCAUACUAACAAUAUGCAUUGUAUGGCUUUAGCCAUUAAUAAUAUUUUUGGUGCUUUGUUUACUACUUGUGGACAGGGUGAUAUUGAAGAUAGGAUGAAGGAAUUUUUAGCACUAACAUCAUCAAGUUUACUAAGAUUAGGACAAGAGGCCGAUAAAGAAGCAGUCAAAAACAGAGAAAGUGUUUAUCUGCUUUUAGAUCAAAUAGUACAAGAAUCACCAUUUUUAACAAUGGAUUUAUUAGAGUCGUGCUUCCCAUAUGCACUUAUUAGAAAUGCUUAUCAUGCAGUGUACAAGCAAGAGCAACUCGGCGGGCUAUACAUCUAA